CAUCACUGUCUAGCACUGAGAAAGUGAAAGUAAAGUGCAUAAUGCAGAGAGAGAUGCACCAAAAACAGUUAAAACGUAUUUAAUUUUCACAACCUCCAACCCCAACAACUUUUUCCCCAUUAUUCCUAACUUUCUUACUCAGUUUUCUUCAUUCUCUCACAAACCCUAGAAUCAACCAUUUCACCUUUUCAUGCUAAUGGCACUCUAGACCCAUACCCACCAAAAUUAACCUCACACCCAAUUCAAUUAUGUCAACAUUCCACCACUUCACUGCAUUUACCUUCCUCAUAUUGUUCCUCAAAACUCAAGCUUUUGAUCCUGUUUCAUCUUUUUCCUUCACGGAUUUUGGAAAAGAUCCGAGUUUUGAGUCUGUUGUAGGACUUUAUGGUAAUGCAAAAGUUGUCAAUGGAGGCUCUGGAGUUCUUCUUUCUGGGUAUGGGAAUUCAGGAAAUGGGAAAGUCGUGUACAAGAAGGGUGUUAAGCUUGUUGAUGUUGGUGAUGAACCGAAGACAUUGGUUUCAUUUUCAACUUACUUUUCAUUUUCGAUGUCUUUGGGUGAUGGGAAUGGUUUGGCUUUUGUUAUGGUUCCAAGUGGUUUUCAAGGUGAGUUUUUUUAUAAUAGUUCUUCUGGUUUUCCUUUUGGGUUGAAGGAAAAGGAAUCUAAAGUUGUUGCUGUUGAGUUUAUUGCUUCAAGAGAUGUUGGAAAUGGAAAUGAGAAUUCCUCUGCUAGUUGUAGUGUCGCUAUUAAUGUUGGUAGUUCUGUUCCUGUUAAGAAAAUCAAUGUUUCUUCUGUUAAUAUGGUUAUAAGAAAUGGUGGAAAGUUGCAUGCUUGGAUUGAUUACCAAGCCGGUUCGAGGUGUUUGGAAGUUAGGUUGAGUCAAUAUGGUCAUUCGAAGCCGGUGAAUCCGUUGCUAUGGCAACCUAUUGAUUUCACGAAUUUGUGGAAGACUGAAGAGAUGUUUGUGGGAUUUAGUUCUAUGAAAGGGAAAACUUCUCAAGCAUGUUUUCUCUACUCAUGGAGCUUUAAUGUAAGGCAUUAUCAACGUUGGAUGCAUUCCAAACCGCUCCGUGAUAUGGUCUUUACCGCCCAUGACGCGUAUGAUCAUCCUCCAGAACCAGAAGUGAAACCAAAGGGUGAUUGUCUUUUGGGAAUUCUUGCUGCAAUGAUAUUUGGUGUUGGAUGUGGAUCAUUGGCUGCAUUCACCGCGCUUUAUUUGUGGACGAUGUUUGGUAAUAGACGUCCCGUUGUUCCAGAGGAGUGUGUUAUUCAGCCGGUAGAUUACGAGUACAAGAAAGUGAACAUUGUUGUAGAUAAACCCCUUAAAGAUGCUAAGGAGUAAGAUCUACAGGAUGGAAGUUGGAACUAGUUGGAUUCAUGUUUUGUAAAUCAGUGUUCCUUGUAUUCAGGUUAUGCUGUGUUGUAGUUCGGUAAGAACUAAUUAAGUUACUUUUUCUGAUGUUGUUGUCUAUUUUUGAGAAAAUUAAGAUUGAGAUCACCAUCUGCUUUAACUGUUA